AUGGCUUCAAUGAACAAUUGGUCCCACAAUCAGAACCACAACAAUAUGAUUGGACACCAAAGCCGAGGGCCCAAAGACCUAGUGAUGAGUGGAGGCGUUCAGCCCAACCAUAUGAAUGCCGUCAAAGUGACCCCUCCUUCCAGUUAUAUUCCUCGGCACCGAAUCUCUAACUUUGUUCCAAACGUGUCGGCAAUGAAUCCGUCGACAACUUCAACACCUGUCAACCAAACCAUGAAUAAUAUGAUUAUUCAUAACAAUAAUCACAAUAAUAUCUCAAACAUGAACGUUCAUAAAAAUCACUCACAAGUGAUGAGUGAUAGUAUAGUCCAAACGCAUGCCAUGGAGUCACCGGGAGCUCUGAAACGAACUUUGAUUAUAUUUAAAGUUAUCGAUCAAAUCGUCGAUAAGUCGGGAAAAGUUCUCAAAGAGACUGUCGUUAAGAAUGAAGAGAUUGUAAGGAAUUGUGAGAAAGUCGACUACAAUGACAGCACCACUUCGACCACUCCGUUAUCCUCUAUAAGUCAUGUCUCGCGGUUUGCUUCUAAUCCCAGUUCUGGAGUGUUGGCUGACGUGAGUUCUUCAGUGCGGAGCACGUGUUCAUCAGUGGAAGUGCGACACAACCACAACACCGACAGCCCAUCUAAAGGCCAUUCCAUUAAAAAUAAAAACGAGAUUUUUAACAAAACUCCGGUUCCUAUGGCACCCAAUCCUGUCGUUCGCGUCAACACUAGCUUUGCUUCUAAUGCUGAGAGAACUCCAGUCCCUAAUGAGUUGAAAGAAGACAUUAAAAGUGUGACAACUGUUGGACAACAAAGUGUCGAAACGAAGAACAAUGAAAGAGACGAAGAGGAGAGGAGAGAGACGGCAACCGCUCUCUUGUCAUUGACUCAAAGAAGUCUUAAUAUAGACUGCAAUCCCUCGAGCGAUGGUCUGGUGUUGUCGACGGACUGCAAUCCCUCGAGCGAUGGUCUGGUGUUGUCGACGGGCUUUGCAAUCAAACCGGGAAAUCGAGUGAUGGCUAAGUGGAGGGACAAGAACUUCUAUCCGGCGCUUAUAUCCAAACAUUUGCCACAAAACAACAAGUGGUCCGUUGUUUUCGAAGACGGAGCCACUAAAAGCUUAUUCGAUACGGAACUCAUCCAGUUAUCACAUUUGGUUGAGGGACAGGACGUUAUGGUAGCCAUUAGUGAUGGGUUUUGUGUGAAAUCUACGAUUAGUAAAGUAAUUAAUGACACGAAUGGCUUGUUUUUCGAUGUCGAGCGCCUAAAAGAGGAUAAACUAGUGAUUCAAAGAUAUCCACUGAAAGAUAUAUUUUUAAACACAGAACAGAGCGCUAACAUUGGGUUGAAGUCUAGUAAACCGUCAAUAAAUGGGGCCGUCUUUGCGGACGUGGAUUUGGAUAACAUUGUGAGCGGAAAGCGGGUUAGGGUUACGGCAAAGGCCGAGAAAACAAUAGAAAAGCCGAUACAACAGUUCAAGAAUGGCAAGAGACGUGCCGCCGAUGCCGUGUCCGUUGACGUGGAUUAUGUGAAUGAUGGCGAAGAGGACGAUGAGGACGACGACCAGACAUUCGGCUACAAGACUAAGAAGAAGGCAAACAUUCGCACCAAUAGGAAGAAACUGGAGUCUCAGAACAUGCUGUUCAACAGCGAGCACUCGUUGUCUAUCUCUCCGAGAGCUACCAAAGUUCACUCGUCGAUCCCGGCGCAGGAACUCAUCAAACUCUUGGGUCCCUUACCUGAGAUCGGGUCUCAGAUUUUCCAAAGUGUUUGCUUUCUGUUAACGUGUGGCGACAGGAAUAGUAGCGAAGACUUGUGUAGCGAACAGUCCAAUCCCGAGCGAUCCACUCCUUUCGAUAAGCUCUACCUAACCAAACAAAUCGAAACGGGAGGCGGAAGAGUGUUCGAGUCAUUCGAUGAUAUGAAGAAUUGCAGUGAGAAUCAGGACACUGUUCUUAUAGCCGAUACAUAUCACCGCUCUAUUAAAUACAUCCAAUGCUUGGCGGCCGGCAUAUCGAUUGCCAGUCAUCUCUGGGUCAUUGACUGCUGUCGACAAAACAAAUACCUAAAGCGGGAUAACUAUACACUUCCCGCCGGCUUUAGUAUCAUUACAAAUGCGUUACCAUCUGAUAAGAAUACAUUCAAAAAGAGUUCGACUCUAUUUAAAGGAACAAAGUUUUACUUCGGGUCGAAAACGCCUGAAAAGUUGCACAGUUUGUGGGCACCGGUUCUGUCUGCCGCUCAGGCACUCAUUGUUGAGGACAACUCUAUUUCGGUCACAAAUCUUUCCCGUAAAUGUGUUGAUAUCAUAAUAGGAGACUCGAGCUGUUCGCCAGAAUUAGUGAAAAAGGCUAAACAAGUGAAAAUUCCUGUCAUUUCCAGUGAAUAUAUAGUACAAUGUCUUAUAAAUGGUCGUAAGCUUUCAUAUGAUGCCAGUCCUCUGUUCGCCUAUACCUACAAAAACAACUUAUGACUCGAACACCAAUCAAUCCAAACAUAACAUUACUCAAUGUUUCGACCGAUUC